UCUUAGUUUGGAUGAAAACUUCAGUUGAGUGUGAAACUCAAUGGGAAGGUGAACGCGAACCAUGAAGCUCCUGUAGAAAGUGCCCAAAGUGUUUGGAAUAAAGCCGCCGGAGACUGCAGGAUCCCUCCUCAAACUUUUAUCGGUCGAAAACUAUUCAUUGAGCACAAGAUGAUGUCUGACGCCAGCGAUAUGUUGGCAGCAGCCUUGGAGCAAAUGGAUGGGAUCAUAGCAGGCUCCAAGGCCAUGGACUACUCCAACGGGCUGUUUGACUGCCAGUCGCCCACUUCACCUUUCUUGGGUGGCCUCCGGGUGCUGCACCUUCUGGAGGAUCUGCGGGGAGUGCUGGAGCUCAUGGACAACGAGGAGCGGGACAACCUGCGAUGUCAGAUCCCUGAUUCUACUGCAGAGGGGCUGGCAGAGUGGCUACAUGGACGAAUGAGUAACGGACACAGCACAGAAGCAGUUUACCAAGAACGUCUGUCACGACUGGAGAGUGACAAAGAGUGUCUUAUUCUUCAGGUAAGUGUUCUGACAGACCAGGUGGAGGUGCAAGGUGAGAAGAUACGGGACCUAGACACCUGUCUAGAACAUCAUCGGGAGAAACUAAAUGCUACUGAGGACCUGCUGCAACAGGAGCUGUUGAACCGGACAACACUGGAGACCCAGAAGCUGGAGCUGAUGACCGAGGUGUCCAGUCUGAAACUGAAGCUUACGGCGGUGGAGAGAGAUCACAGGGACAAUGAGGGCUUGUAUCAGGAAGUAACGGACCUGCGGUUCAGGGUGACUGACAUAGAGAAUGAAAGACUGCAGUGUGAGAAGAAACUCAAAGCUACCAAAGAGGAGCUGCAGCUUCUGCAGAGGCAGCUGGAGGAGCGAGAGGUGGAGCUGAGGAGGCUGAAGGAGGAGAGCAGACUGAGGGUGGAGAGUCUCAGCAGGGCUGAGGGAGGAGAGAGCGAUACAGAAGUGUUGAAGAUGAAGAUGGUGUUGGAGUCGCUGGCGUCUGCCAACGAUGAGAAGGAACGAAGGAUAAAGGAGCUGGAGGAGUCACUCACAAAGUGCAGGAAAGUUCAGGAGCUGGUCAAAGAGAAGUUAAAGGAGGACGACUAUGACGAUAUCCCGGAUGAUCCCUCGCUUCCUGUAUCCAUGGAGGUGGAUCAGGUCACCCUGGUGUUGGAGGGGGAGGCAGGAAGGAGCUCGGGCGAGUCUAUUCCGUGUAUAGCCGUGCUCUCUGAAAUGAAUGACCUGGACAGAGAACGACAGUUGCAGGCAGCCGAAAGUUCAUCAGACGUCCCACAGCCGGGCAGCUCAGCCACAAGCAGCAGCACUGACCAGGUCAGAAAUAAAGCAGGACCUGGCUCCUCACCUCCUGUCAGAGCAAACACCACAGCUGAUGACAGUUUUGGUACCAAGAAAGCCCGCUCCUCUUUCGGCCGUGGCUUCUUCAAGCUGCGUGGAGGCAAGCAGACGGCCAGCGUUCCAAACCUGGACCGCACCCGGAGUGUCAGUGCACCUGCGUUAGCUGAGACGGAACGUAAAGGCACCGAGCACCUGGACUUGGCCGGUGUCCCUUCAAGGAAAUCCCACGAUGGAGCUCCUCUGCCGUCCUCACCUGAGACCAAAAAGAAGUCCAAAGGCUUCAUGAAAUUUUUUGGCAGACUAAAGAGGAGUCACUCCACCUCCUUCAACCUGGAUGAUGCAGAGAUGGAGUUCAGGAGGGGAGGAGUCAGAGCCACGGCCGGCCCUCGACUCGGCUGGUCACGUGAACCUAAACACAAUGCUGUCGAUGUUCCUUUCUCGCGGUGGAGUAAAGAUGAAGUUUGUGCGUGGCUGCAUGAGCAGGGUCUGGGGUUAUAUGUUGCUCAGGGUCAGAGCUGGAUCAAAUCAGGACAGACACUACUGCGGGCGUCACAACACGAUCUGGAGAAGGAAUUGGGCAUGAAGCAGCCUCUCCACAGGAAGAAGCUGCAGCUGGCUCUGCAGUCUCUCGGGUCAGAGGAGGAGGAUCUCAAGGGCAGACUGGACCACAACUGGGUGACCAGGUGGCUGGACGACAUCGGCCUCCCGCAGUACAAAAGUCACUUUGACGAGGCCCGUGUUGACGGACGCGUGCUGCACUACCUGACAGUGGACGACUUGCUGUCUCUGAAGGUGGGCAGUGUUCUCCAUCACCUCAGCAUCAAGAGGGCCAUCCAGGUCCUCCGCCUCAACUGCUACGAGCCCAACUGCCUCAGGCGACGACCCUCCGAUGAGACCAACAUCACACCAGCAGAGAUCGCCCAGUGGACCAACCACAGAGUGAUGGAGUGGCUCCGAUCUGUGGAUUUGGCAGAAUACGCUCCCAAUCUGAGGGGCAGCGGCGUUCAUGGUGGAUUGAUGGUGUUGGAGCCCCGCUUCAACGUGGAGGCGCUCGCCCUUCUGCUCAACAUUCCUCCCAACAAAACCCUGCUGAGACGCCACCUGGCAACACAUUUCCACCUGCUCAUCGGCUCUGAGGCGCAGCGGCUCAAACAAGACUGUCUGGAAAACCCAGACUACACUGUCCUCACAGCCACUGCCAAGGUCAAGCCUAGACGCAUGUCAUUUGGAGGUUUCGGCACUUUGAGGAAGAAACGUCAUGAUGAUGGCGAGGAGUACAUCUGCCCUAUGAACGUGGAAAUGCCCAAGAACAGCAGCUUCCAGAGAGGCCUCCGGAUCUACAAUGAACACCUUGACCACCUCGAACAGAUGGAAGACUCUGAAGGGACUGUGAGACAGAUAGGAGCUUUUUCUGAAGAAAUCAACAAUCUAACGAGCAUGCUGAAGGAAGAUGAGUUUUUUCCUGAGAUCUCUGUUGACGCGGCAAAACCUGACCACAACUCUGGUGUGUGAUUUAGAUGCUUUGGGAAAGUAAACCAAACUGUGCCAUCCAGAAUCCAAAUCCGUCCACCUCUGGACCAGCCUGUAGAGCUUGUGAGACCUCCACUGUUACAGCCUUCUCAUCAGUCAGAAGUACAGCCAUAACUUUGAUGACCAUUCAUAUAUUUAUUGAAGCUGUCCAAAAUGUAAUGCAUGAACUGAAAAUGCAAGGUUUUAUUGUAUUAAUGUACCUCUUACUAUUCAAGCAUUAGUUUUUUGUCUCAGUUAUCAGUGAGGUAAGCAUAUGUUAGUUUGUUUUAAUCCUCUCGUUUAUUUUGAGUGUAGUUCUGAAGUUUUUAUGUCGUCAGCUGCAGUCACAUUCAUUUUGGUUUGUGGUACGUAAAGUUGCUUUAUGUUAUCUUCUGAGAUGAGUUCAUUUAAAUAACAGCAAGCAUCCUCUCAUUUACUGCUGGUGAUAUUCAGCAGAAUGGUUUUAUAUGUCCAGGUUUUGAGAGUUGUGCCUCCACUCCAGUCCGAUAUGUGGGUGAUGGGGAUUUUGUGUGUGGUGCUCACUGCUGUGAAAAGUUUUUUUUUAAUAACCGUGUCUCUUAAGACAGAGAUCUCAGAGGCAGAUAUCUUAAAACCUGAACUAAUAAUAUCAAACUAUCUGCAUGGCUACUGGCUAGAUACCACCAGGAAGGAAGUGAGAAAUGUUUUGUUCUUGGUUUGACAUUUUGAGAAAUGCCCUGUUUUGCUUUCUUUCCAAGGAUUAGGAGAGGGGAUCGCUGUCACUCUUAUGUCUGUGUUUUACAUAUGAAGGCGAUUAGCUUAGCAUAAAGACGACCAGAACCUCUAAAGCUCACUAAUUAACACGUUUCAUCUCUUUUGCUGAAAUGCUGUUCACCACAAAAUUGUUAGUUCUCCCUAAAAGCACAAACUGAUUAAUGAGCUUAGAGGUGCUGGUGUAUUUUUAAGCUAGCCCCUCUAGCUCGUCUAACUCUUUCUCCGAAUGUCAAACUCUUCCUUUAAAAAAAAAAACAAAACGGCAUGACUGCAAAGAUGGAAACCAAAGUCUUGUUUUUAAAUUUUUGGUAAUAAAAACAGAAAAUCCAUUUUCAUUGUUUGGAUUUUUUUCAAAAAUAUGGUUGUAUGCUAUAUUUACCUGCUGUCAGUGUGUUUCCUACAAUAGAUAACAGUCAGCAUGACCCCGGUUUGGAGAAGCAGGCAGAAGUACCACCAAGGAGGGGAAGUAAUGUACUGCGUUGGAUGGGGCCAGCAACAAAACAUACCGCUUUACCUUGGUGCCAGACAGCCCUCUCUUAACAGGUAAAUGAAGUCGUAAUCAUCUGUUCCAUGUUGAAGAGGGCCGUCUGACGGCAAGGUAAAGCUGUGAAAACAUUAUAAAUUAUACUGUACGCUUAAACUGAUACUGACUUUAUGUGGCUAAAAUAGGUUUUGCUGCUGCCCUUGUCUACAGCCGUACAUGGCUUAUCUUCAGUGGCAGUACUCCGUGUCUGCUUCUCCAAACAGGUAGCGUGCUGUCGGACAGUGAGUCAAUCAAAAUACAAAAUAAUAAAGUGUCAAAAAUUCAA